AUGGGAUUCCGAAACAGCAUGGCCAGGCGUUUCGGGGAUACUCUGGGAUCGGGCUCAACCCAGUAUCUAUCAUACUAUGACAUCUGCCUGACGACUGAGGAUGUUAGGUCCCUCCGAAACGACUGGCUGACAGAUAAUAACAUUGCCUUCUGGGAAGAAUGGCUCGAACGGGAGGUCCUCAUCAAGUACCCCGAGGCGAAGAUCGUCCUGCUUCGUCCCAGCAUGACGUUCCUGAUGAUGCAAUCAAGCGACGUCAGGAGUAUAGCAAGCGCCCUGCCAAACUUCGACAAGAUCACACAUAUCUUUCUUCCAGUCAACGACGCACGCGACAGCACCAGAUCCGACCUUGGCUCUCACUGGUCGUUGCUCCUGGUGUCCAAAAUCGAUGGCGUUGCGUUUCACUACGACUCGCUGGGUGGCGCGAACUAUUACGAAGCCCAAAAGUGCACCGAUCGGCUAAGUAAGGUGUUGGGCCAGGCUCUACGAUUUUACCAGAUGAACGACUGCCCACAGCAGGAGAAUAGCAGCGACUGCGGCGUCUACGUCUGUAUUCUUAUGAGGCAUCUCCUGAUCAAGAAGUUGCUCAACGCCAACGCUACUGAGAAGGUGUCAAUGUCGAUGGCCGGCAAAGCGGUCGACAGCCGCAGCGGUCGAAAAGAGAUGAUGAACAUUAUCGAAAGUCUGCGAAAAGAAGGCGAGAGAAGACGCAGUGCAUCACCAUUUCCAUCCUCAUCAACCCCGCCACGCAUCGACUGA